GCAAUGUUUCUGACGACGUGCGUACUGUGUAAAAUAGACUUCUAAUGCUUUGUCACUGUCUGCUUUGUGUGCACAUUGUCCGGUCUUCCGCUCAACAUUCAACGUUCAGCGCUCGCAUCCAAGCAUUCAACCGUUCACAGGUGUUGGGGAAGCCGGGGUAAAUGACUGCUGAUCGACCUCCUCCCCAAUCGACGGAGACUUUGUAGGCGAGGACGACACCAUGCCUAACAAGACGCCUGUCCGCAAGACCGCCAGUGAGCAACCCCUGCCAGAAGAGGUUGGCUCUGCUCAGGUGCGCUCCCGCGGGAAGAAACGUGAUCGCUCCCCGGAGAAGCAGGGCGAAGAUGCGGGUCAAGCCCACUCAGACCGUGACGGGGAGGACAAUCAUAAUUUGCUGAAAUGCGUACGUCAUUCUCAUACAACUUCGGUUGAGCUAAAUACAACUACUCUCUGUGCCCAGCCCCGGCUUAGUAGCUCGCCACCGCGCAAGGUCCUCGCGUACUUGCCAGUGCGCUCUCCAAGCUCCAUUCGGCUGCCUCGCGAACCGCCCGCCGGCUCUACACCUCGCACGGGCAUGGUGAUGCCGGUGCUAUCUUCUGCAAGAGUGCAAGCCGUGGAGGUCUCGUCGGUCGGACAUGUGGGCUGGCACGGUGCGGCUCUGCCAGUGUCACCACUGCCUGAGCCUUCACCGUUAGUAGCUCCAGAGCGUAUCAACUUGGAGCUAGAGGUACACCUUGAUCACAAGCAAUGUCUCCUCACUGGUCCUGUUGCAGAUCUGCGACACGAGAUAGCACGGUUGCGUAUGGAGGUGGCGACGAAGACAGCUACCCUCGAGCGCACUCAGGUAGAGCUACGCGAUACCAAGGCGGAGUUCAUGAAGCUCACCGAGGAGCAGACUAGUCGACUCACCUCCGCAAUGAUGUCUAUGGAUGAGCUGCGGAGGAACCAGGAGGCAUUCCGCGAGGCCAUACUAGGUAGCUUGAAGAGUUUGCGAGAUGUUCUCUGAACUCGACUCGGAACGCCUAGCUCAAAAUCGCCGCGCUGUUGUACAAUUUACUACAAACAUCUUGAAGAGCCUUACGGUACUAGGAAGUCCGAAUCGGAGCACCGCAGGUUACGUUGAUGUACAUAUCUCUAUCUCCACUUUGAAAUUGCCGAUUCCCAGCGAUGUGAACAAACCAGUUUGCGAAAUUUAUGUAUCGUAU